AUGCUUAUUGUGGCACUUGGAUUGCUUGCAGCCGUUGCUGCGUACCCGUCCUAUUCUCCACCUGCGCAGGCCCCAACCUAUCCAAAUCCACCUGCGCAAGCUCCGCCCGCUCCUGCACCACGACCUGUUAUAUAUCUUCCUCCCACAUUUAACAAUCCUGGUCCUGCCAACGUUGCUGGCGGUGCUGACUAUGCACCAUUCCUCGAUUCAUUCAGCGGACCAUUUCCCCCACUCAAUAGACCACCUUUCGUUCUUCCGUACUGGAUGCCUCCUGGUCCAGCAUACAUACUACCACAGCAACGCCCUACUUACUCCCAAAGUAGCUAUUGA